AGAACAAGACAGCCUGAGAACCGUUUAGCGUACGGCAAACAGCCAUGGUGACCAACCAUCAGUGAGCAGCAACAGAUGGCAUUCAGCGACCACAAGUACGACUUGAAUCAAGAAGACAUCAUUGUCAAUCCACAAACAGAUUUUCUGGUGGAUCAACCUCUCCAGAUUCAUCAAGUGCCAGUCAGUGCCAACGCCAUGUUUCAAACCAACAUGAAUUACAUGGCAGGACACAUGGCUGGCAACUCGUUUCUGAACCAGCAACAAACUAACACUGAGCAAGUGGCCAGGGAAUCACCAUUACAACUCGUGCACGCGAUACAAGAUUCAAAGUACCAGACAGACACUCUGUCGGGAGUGGGGCUCGAACAGCCUGAGCAGCAGAAGCUGCUGUGCUAUCACUCCCAGCCACAACCCCUCUACUGUCCGAUUCAGCCCAUCCAGCAACAGUAUUGUGAUGUUGCCGGUUACCCCGGGGCCUGUGCUGUGGUUCAGUUUCCAUAUCAAAGGAUUGCACCUCACUUCACCCAGGAAGCACAGCACCACCUGUACCCCAAACCCAUUUACUCUUACAGCAUUCUGAUAUUUAUGGCUCUGAAGAACAGUAAAACAGGGAGUUUGCCCGUCAGUGAGAUCUACAACUUCAUGACUGAACAUUUCCCCUAUUUUAAGAGCGCGCCGGACGGCUGGAAGAAUUCCGUGCGACACAACCUGUCUCUGAAUAAAUGCUUCGAGAAGGUGGAGAACAAGUGCGGGGGUUCAUCCAGGAAGGGCUGCCUGUGGGCCCUGAACCCAGCCAAGGUCCAAAAGAUGCAGGAGGAGCUGCAGAAGUGGAAGAGGAAAGAUCCAUCGGCGGUGCGGAAGAGCAUGGCCAAACCAGAUGAACUGGACAGAUUGAUCGGAGAAAAAAAUGACAAAAUGAGAUCUUCCAAGAUGACUUCACCUCCUCUCAAUCCUCGAAACCCCAAAUCUCCCCAUCACCCGGUGGGUCACCCCCACACACUCGGUCACCCCCUGCCCCCAAACCACCCUCAGCCUCACUCGUACGGUCAGGUCAGGAGGCAGGUUAAUAUCCACCGGGAUUGCCAACAAGAACUGUGUCACCCUCACCCCUACAUUCAGGCCGGAGUCCAGGCUAACAGUGCUGAGAACUCGGCUGUUAACCCAUCCCAGACACCAUCCAUUCACAGCAGCUCCGCCAUCAACUCUCAGCUGCUAAUGGAACAAGCUAUGAUCAUUGAGACGCAGGACAUUCUCAUGGAAGCAGAUAUCAGCACAGACAUCGAUGCCCUUAACCCCAGUCUGGUGGACUUUGAGCUUCAAGGUAACCUGUGGGAAGAGCUAAAGGACGACAGUCUAACCCCAGAUCACUUGGUCUCAACUGCUUCGUCCCCUCAAUCGCCUUCGUUCUUCCCUUUCUACUGGAACGCGUUGGAGAGCAGUGAUAGCACCAGCUCCCCGAGCUGUCCGGAGCCCAGCCUCGCUGACCUGCAGCUGACCAGUGUGUACUCCACAUACACUGACCUAGACAGCAAGCCCAGCUCUUAUCUGAACAGCACAGGCUGCACGCCUAUAGCACUGAUGUGACCAAGGACCAUUCACAGCUCUGCAUCGACCACAGCGCCCAGAGGUUGAUAGCCUUAAAAGCAAAAGCAGUUUCACACCCCCCAGCACCGGACUGGAGCAUAAGCCUAGACACCGAGUUCUAAAGUCACAACGUGGGGGUUUGAACCCACAACCUUCCGACUCAGAGGUGAGAGCGUUUCCGCUAAUGUUACUGUCUCUGAGUGAGCCAGGCUGCCACCUCAGGUUGUAAGUUAUUAAAUAUUUCUGAUCAAGUGACCUGCCCCUGUGGUGGUUGGAAGCGAGGAUAAACCUCGCUAUCUGAUGACAGCAGAGCUGGAAGGAUGAAGGAUGUGAAAGCCGACAGCAAAUAGACAAAUUAUGGAGCAGGAAGUGCCGCUCAGAAAUAACAUCGUGGAGCCAACGCCAACAUUGCAAACAGACAGUUUCAACAUUGACUGGACGGCUGCUGGCGUUUAUCCCAAUCAAUACGUGGGUGUUUGUGUGUUUGAGGGGGUAAGGAAGGGAAAUGUUCAUUAGGAUAAUUAAAAGGCAUUUCCUCCCCUCA